AUGGCAUCUGAUACAGAGAUGAACGAGGCUUCUCCCGUCGACACACUACCGCAACCCAACGACGGUGGCCGCAUGCACAUGUCAUCCCUCUCAUCAUCAUCAUCCAUAUCUGACGCCGAAAACGAGCGCCGAGGCCGAUCAGAACGACCGCGUAUGGCUAGCCGCAAACCCUCCGCGUCCAUCCUGGUCCCCCGCGACCACCCGGAAAUUGAAAUAGAGGAAGAAGAGUUUCCCCCGGACGACGCCCGCGCCAUGAGUCCGCGUCGCAAUUCGGCUGAUCUGGAGCGCCUGGGUAAGGAGGCUCGCCAGACUCUUCAGGAACAAGCCAAGGCCCUUCAAUCUUCGCUGCAGGCACUCGCUGAGCGUAUCGAUGCCGUCAAAUCCGAUCACGACAAGUUGGAAGUCGAAAACAAAGUCUUACAGGACUACAUCGGUGGACUGACUCGCAACAUGACUAAGAAUGAAAUGACCCGAAGCACCAAGGCUCGUAAGGCGCAGAAGUAG